AUGUCAAAACGUAUAUAUGUGAGUGGCUGGGAUAAGCACAAAAAAAAAAUGAAACAACAGAACGAAAACAAUAUUGCAGCAAAUGUUAUGAAAUCGUGGAUUAAAAAAUCAGUUGUAUCCAACACUUCAGAUGCUGUUGAAAAUGAUCCACAAAAUGAAAUUAUAAAAGAGAAUGAUAGUUCAGAAGUUAUAUCCAACACUUCAGAUGCUGUUGAAAAUGAUCCACAAAAUGAAAUUAUAAAAGAGAAUGAUAGUUCAGAAGAUUUUGGAGGCCUAAAUUUAACUUUGAAGUAUCCAACUGAUCGUGGACAUUUUGAAGGUGAAGUAUGCACAUCAUUAAAAAAGAGUAUUUUGUUAUUCGGACAAUGCAAACCAUCAAUCAAAUUUCCUAGAAACCAUGUUAAUAGAUGUUUUUCUACUGGUUAUUACUAUAUAACAACUAAAACAGGUAUCAAAAUUCCACGGCAAUGGUUAUGUUAUUCUUUAAUAUUAGAUAAAGCAUAUUGUGAGUUUUGUUGGCUUUUUGCUAACCGGCAAUAUGAGCAUUUUAAAUAUGAAUGGAUUUCUGGCGUUGACGACUGGCAACAUUUAUCACAACAAAUUUCUAAACAUGAAAAUUCUAUUCAACAUAUAAAUGCAACAGAAAUUAGAAGAUAUUGGGAAAAAAAUAAAACAUUAGAUACAGAUUUAGAGAAACAAAUAUCUGAAGAAGCAGAGUAUUGGAGGAAUGUUCUUCGUCGAGUUAUUCAUGUAAUUUUAACUCUUACAUCUGGUAAUACUGCCCUCCGAGGAAACGAAGGGAAGAAAGGUAAUCUUCAAGAAAUUGAAGGUGACUUUAUGCGUACUAUUAGAUUACUUGCAAAAUUUGAUCCUUUUGUUCAUAAUUUAUUAAAUGAUUCAAAAAAACAUGUAAAAUACUUAAGUUGGAAAAUUCAAGACGAGCUUAUAGAAAUUUUAGCAUCAGAUGUACGUAAUAGUAUAUGUGAUGAGGUUAAAAAGUGUUCUUGGUUUUCAAUUAUACUUGAUUCUACCCAAGAUAUAACUAAAAUUGAUCAAGUGAGCGUGAUUAUUAGGUAUGUCUUUGUUGAAUAUGAAAAUCACACAUUAGAUAUAAGGGAAUCUUUUUUAGGAUUUUUUGCAUUACAAAAUCAUGGUUCAUCUGAUUAUGCUGAACUGUUGCUAAAAAUACUGACUAAGUUUGGUUUAGAUAUAAAAAAAUGUCGUGAUCAGGGUUAUGACGGCGCUUCUGUAAUGAGUGGUGCCCAUUUUGGAGUACAAAAACGAAUUAUUAAUAUUGUGCCUACAGCUCUUUACGUCCAUUGUUGUGCACAUAAUUUAAACCUAGUAAUUUCUGAUGCUGCUAAAACUUCACAAAAGAUUGUUUCAUUUUUUAGUAUAGUGCAAGAUGUUUUUAAUUUCUUUGGGUCUAGUGCACCAAGAUGGGAAGCAAGGCAUGAUGCAGUAUUCAGUUUACAAGAGAGGUUCAUAGAUGUUGUUAAGUGCUUAACUAAAAUAUCAUUAACUACCAAGAAAACAGAUGAAAGAAACUCAAGUUUAACUUUAAAAAAAAAAAUCUUAAAUGUUGUAUCAAAAUUAUUACAAGGAGUUAAUUAUUCCAUUGAGAUGGCUUCUACACUUAUGAAUCAAUCAAUUACUCAAAUCAAUGAAUUAAGGAACAAUUAUGAUGGGAUAUUAAGUAAAUCAAAAGAAUUAUGUGCUAAAUGGAACAUAACAGUGCCAUUCCAUUUAGUACGUAAACAAUUUGCAAAUAAAAGGUUUGAUGAUUUUGAUGGUGACUUUCGACUUGAUAUUAAUGAAGAAAAUUUUAAAAUAAAAGUAUUUUUACCUGUGUUGGAUACUAUACUGUUCCAAUUACAUAGUCGAUUUGAAGGAAUGGUUACUAUAUUACAUAUUACAAAAAUUGAUAAAACUAUUGUAUCGGAACUUAAGACCAUACAGAAUUUGGCUUUUUAUAUAAUUGAUAUGGAUUUAUCAACAAGUUUUCCUGAUGUUUUAGCUGCAUGUCUUAUAUUUUUAACCAUUCCUGUUACGGUAGCAUCUGCAGAAAGGAGUUUUUCUAAGCUUAAAUUAAUUAAAAAUUAUUUGCGCAAUUCCAUAGGUCAAGAACGGCUAUGUGGAAUUUCUAUACUAAACAUAGAAAGAAGAAGAACUUCAGAUAUAGAUAUAGAGAAAAUAAUUGACAACUUCGCAUAUGCAAAAGCGAGAAAAAAACAAUUCUUUUAA